AUGAGGGUAUGGAAAAGAGCUUCCGGAGUUUUAAAGGAUAGAUGCAGCAUUUGGGGGGCAAAACUUUCGCCGUAUGGAGCAGGUAGAAACCCUGAUCUUGAAACCGUUGUUAUAAAAGCAACAAGCCAUGAUGAACAAUGUAUGGAUUAUAAGAAUGUUCAAAAAGUUUUUCAAUGGCUAAGAACAUCACCUAUAUAUAUUAAACCGCUUUUAUGUAUACUUUCAACGAGAAUGCAAAGGACAAGUAAUUGGGUUGUAGCACUCAAGGGUUUAAUGUUAAUCCAUGGUGUUUUUUGUUUUGAUUUACCGAUGAUUCAAAAAAUGGGAAGGUUACCAUUUGAUUUUUCACAAUUUAACGACGGAUAUUUAAGUCCCGAAAAAGGUUGGGUUUUUAACACUUUCAUUCGUUCAUAUUUCGCGUAUUUGGAUCACCGGUCAGUAAAUUCAAGAAUCCAGGCGAAGAAAUUACAAAACAAAAAAGGGAAGGAAUGCGAAGAAUCAACAUUGCUAGAAGAGUUAAAAAAUUUGGAGGAGUUGCAAAAAUUGAUUGACAUGUUGAUGCAAGUUAAACCUAGGAGUGAUGUGAACAUGAAUGUUGUUCUAAUUCUUGAAGCAAUGGAUUGUGUGAUAGAUGAGAUUGUGGAGGUUUAUGGUAAAUUUAGCAAAGAGAUAAAUCGUGUGUUGUUAAGGGUUUGUGAAAUUGGUGGAAAAGAAGAAGCAAGUAUUGGCUUUGAUAUUGCAAGAAAAACAAAAUCACAAGGUGAAAAACUAAGUUUGCAUUUUGAGUUUUGUAAAGAGAUUGGUGUUCUUAACAAUUGUGUGUGUCCCAAAAUUGUGGAAAUUGAUGAAGAGGAAAUUGAAGAGUUAAAGAAAAUAAUGAAUGAUGGUGAAGAGAAAGCUAUUGUGAUUAGAGAUGAUAAUUCAAAGAAAGUGGAGAUUAAUGGUUUAAUGACUGUGGUUACGGAUCAUUGGGAGGUUUUUCUUGAUGAUGUUAUUGUUGAUGUUGAAAAAGAACAUGAUUCUAAUGGUGCAUUAAGCAUUGUUGAGGCUAAUAAUCCUUUUGUGGAUGAAACUUUGAGUAUUGUUCCUUAUAAUCAUGUUCAACAAUAUGAGCUACCGGAUCUAAUUAGUUUCUAG